AUGAUUCAUGGUCCUAAUUCUUCUUUCUCUGGUGCUUUUAGUAUUGCCAAAAAAAUUGAAGGUAAUUAAAUGAUGAACAUCCUUAGUAUAUGGAAUAUAAAAUAACAAUCCAGGGUAAUGACUAUUCAAAUUAAUCUUAGACCUAAUUAUUACAAUUUGACAUCUCCAUAAGAAGGAGGAUUUAAAUUUUCUAAAUCUGUUCGCAAAUAACUUUAUGAACCAUAACCUAUUCCUGAACCAGGUGCAUAUGAUCCAAAUUUAUCAGUAUAAAAUCUUGCAAUUAGAUUAUUUAACCGAAUCCUCCAAACAUUAAAUUUAGCAAAGCUUAAGAAUAAGAGAAACCCCCCCUUGAUAUUGGACCAGGCACUUACAAUUGGACUGAUUAAAAGAAAUCUCCAGCUUUUACUUUCUAAAAUAAAUUCGAAAAUCCAACAAACGAUCUUCUUAAUACUCCUGGGCCUGGUCAUUAUGAUGUUAAAGAAAGCCAUUCCCUUCAACCAAUUAACAAAGGUUUUACUACAAGUAAUCGUGUUAAUGUCUUACUUUCUAAUGGACCUGGACCUGGUUCUUAUAAUUUAGAAAGUCUUAAAGCAAAAAAUAGUAUUAAGUAAAGUUCUCAUUAAACAGAUUUCCAAAACAAUAGAGGAAUAUUGAUAAAACUGAACAAACUCCUGGACCUGGAGCAUUUCUGACUAUUUUACCAAACAAAUAAGGUAUAUCAUUUGGAAAGAAAUUACAAACAUAGAGUGAAAAGUAAUUUGUCCCUGGUCCUGGUACAUAUCAAUUAAAAUCUUUUGCUGAAUAGAUUUCAAAAGGAACAAAGUAUUAUUAAUUAUUAUAAAUUAAGAAUUGGAACCUCUAAUAGAAGUCAAAUGUAAUUAUAAUAGGGUCCUUCUCCUUUAAAUUAUGAUAUUUCUUAAUAUAAGCCUCCAACCAAAUAUUAAAGUUUUGGAAAUGCAGAAAGAAAAACUAUGCAAGAGAAAAGUGAGAAUACACCUGGACCAGGAUCAUAUUACUUGGGUGUAAGUCUUUCAAAAUUAGGAUCAAUAAUUGGAAAAUCUUAAAAAGAAUAAAUUGUAACUCAUGAUUCAUUACCUGUAAUUUAUAAAGUGAUUUUUAGGGUCCAGGUAAAUAUAAUUUAAAUGAUACUUAUUCAAGAGGACCCAGUUAUCAUAUUGCAGGCAAACAUGAGAAACAAUAAGAAUAAUCACUUGUAGGUCCAGGAAGAUAUCAAAUCAAUAGGGAUAUUAAUGAUGGACCAAAAUUUAAAUUUUCUACUAAAGAAAAGACAGAUUGUAAAGAACAAUCUUAAUCAUAAUUCUAUGAAAUUCAAGCGAGUCUAGGAUUUAUACCAAAGUAUUUAUUAUAAAAUUGA